AUGCGAAAAUCCGAUUUCCGAGCUGAUCUUUGUUUUGGGCUAGGGACUCGUGGAGAAUACCCAAAUUUCAGGGGAGGGUUUGUGCACAUAGACGAUGUAGCUGCUGCACAAAUCUUAGCAAUGGAAGAGCCUAAAGCAUCAGGAAGAAUCCUAUGUUCGAGUUCCGUGGCUCACCAUUGGUCAGAGAUCAUUGAGAUGCUAAGAACCAAAUAUCCAUUAUACCCAUUAUAUAUCCUCUGCUUUACUCCCAAGUGUGGUAGUGAAGAAGGGAGAGAUAUGCCUCAUAGCUUGGACCCAAGAAAGAUCCAUGAACUUGGAUUUGGAUCCUUUAAAUCAUUAGAUGAGAUGUUUGAUGACUGUAUCAAGUGUUUCCAAGACAAGGGUCUAAUCUAA